AAUUUUAACGGGGCCGACGAGCGAUGACCGAAGCUGCGGGUAUCUCCCUGCCUCUCUCAAAGUCUUUCAUCUCGCCGGCAGAAGGCGCCGCCAUCGUGGACCUCGCUGAUAAACAGCUCAUGCUACAUACGACAAAGAGACGCGAGCCGUCGCGACGAAGCAAACGAGGUGCCUCCGGCGCGCUAUUCUCACGUGUGUUUGCGCGCGUUUCCGGCCGCAGUUGGUAGCGCGAACACGAGGAAUAAUACGACUGAACGGUGAAUCGCCGUGAGCGUUUGACCGCCGAGGACCGGGGCGUGAGACCGAGGGAAAAAUCAGGGCGUGUUUCGUGCGGCAGUAGCCGCGCCGCCGCUCAAGCAGCAGACUUCCUUCGUCAAGUCAGUGCAGCAAGCCUCGUCGAAGAAAACGUACGAGCAGGAAAAUUUCGCGUAAAAUUGAGAAAGAUAGAAGGCGUACGGCAAACAGCGCUAGAUUCCUUCGGCAAACAGAGCGCGUUCGGGCAGAAGCUCCGAUCGAGAAGUAACGUCCUCGGGAGGUAUUCUUUGAACAGCCGGCACGUGGCAGCGCUGACAGACACAUCGGCACCGCACCGUGACGUUGAGAGGCGAUCGGCAGAAACGAGCGCGGAACAAAAGAGGCCGGAGAAGCGAAAUCGCCUUCCUCCAGACGAGGCGCGCAGAAGGAGGAGCUUUCGAGGUCGUGCCGUGCGAAAAGCCACGAUAUCAGAGAUAACGUUUUAAAACGUUAAAUUAAUCCGCGUGGCAAACAGGCUCGUCGCUCUUACGACGUGUCUGUCGGGACGACUCUGGCAGUCGUGAUCGUCGGCUGCCAGUCGCAAACUACGUCAAUUUGCAAACUAUCGCGGCUGGCCUUGUUGUCGCGUCGCCGAACAGUUUCGUCUUAGAGCAAUAUCCGUAAAUAGCUGUGGGAAUUUUCAGUUUUUUUCGACAACGAGACACGUAACUCAUACAACAGCGCAUUCCUCCUGCAAUAACAUUAAGACUGUAAGAUAAGUGGCAGUCUUCGGUCAUCACUGUUGUGACGUCUUAACUUGAUAACUAAUACAAAUAAGUUACUUGGAGUUGUUCCCCUCGGGUCUCGGUAACAAGAAGAUAAGUUGGAGGCUGAAUAUCUCUGAGAUAAAUUGACCAGCUAUCACGGCGAGCGCAAAGCUGCGGACGAUAAAUCAGAUAUUUAAUUCAUCUACAACGCAACGAGGGUUUCCGAUGGAUUAAGAUCUUCAGGUGACAAAUCGCGAAUUUGCAAGACGACGUGAUCAGCACGAGACAACGCUAGAGGAUAAAGGAAACGCGUCUCGUUGAUCAGCACUGAGUGGUUCCAAUUGAGAGUCGACCCUCGAGAGUGGAGCCUAUUGGCCAAGCUGUUAAUUCCUUGAAGCACGAUUGGAUUGGAUCACCCGUGGACAUUCCAGAGUUGGUGUCGGGACCGUUAGACAAUCUAUCGACCACCGUCUUGCCAGCCGGACUUCUUUUCUUGAACAAGUUCCUGAACUCUGCAUCUUAACAAAGCUUAACAAGGGAUGAAGGAUUAACCGUCUAUGGAUUUUUAGUGAAGAGCACAUUAAACAGCUUAGUUGAGUAGAACGAAGAGGAAAACAUUUAACAGAGCCGGAGCAGUGAGAUCAAGAAAUCAUCUACGUCAGUAGUGAAUAAAUCUUAAAGCAACGGAAUACUCACGCGAGAGGAUUAUAAGUUUUUCGACAUCGCCUUAGAGAUUACGCCAGGAGAUAUCGUGACCACAUUCGAGACUCUCGACGACUGAAUGGCCCACAUUUACUGGCUGCUACUUUUCGAAAGACUCUGGUAGUGUCUCUUUACGCAGUAACGGCAGGAAUACAAUACUGAAAGAGAGACGAGACGCGGAUAUCGUGGAGAGGGUUAUAUCCCUUUGGUCCCGCCGGGAGAGCCUUCGCCUUGCAGAUUUUUCUUGGAAAGGGUCAGAUCGCGCCUCUCGUCUAACCGAGAAGAUUGUGACAAACGUGGUGGACGAAACUCGAACUUCCAUUGACGUCAUCCACGAGAGGCCCCGUUUACCUUUUCCUGGAUCGGGUUCUUUUUUUAGACGGCACCAUGGAGCGAAGGAUCAUGAAAAUGUGGUGAUAACGGUCAGAAGGCCUCCGAUACCCAAGACACUAUCCAGUGUGUGAGCCAUAGUCGUUAGAAAGCAAUUGAAACGUCGUGCCUACCCAGACAUUUCGGGAUACUCGCCAGUUGGAAUCUCUCGAGUUUGUACGAGAAGUAAGGAACCCCCUUUCAGGCAAGAAUUACUCUUGUCUCCGUCGUCGUUUCUUUGAAUGAAAUUUUGGGAAUUAACAGCAGUACAGCUGCUCGGAUCCGAGGAGGCGUAAAAAGUUUCGAAACAUCGGCGUUUCGAGUUGAUCUUCCACAGACGCAUGAUCUUGAUAAGAUAAUUACGGUGUGUCACACGGAUACCUGCCUACGUCGGGAAUGUUUUUGGACCUACGGAAUUGACGUUCUCACCUUCCGUUCUUCGUUACGAAGACAAGACCUUUCUCGAGUGGUUCUUACGCGAGGUGGAGGAGACACCAGGAAAAAGACAUCGAUUGUUAAAACGUGUAGAAGGAGAAGGUUCUCCGCCGAAACGGCAGCAGAGCUUCGGCACAACUAGGAACAAGAUGCGUUGCAGCCAAGACGUGGCGAUGGUAUUCGAGGACGCGUUCGUCGUCUUUUCGCGUUUUUUGUCACUGAAGUCGCGAGGCUGCGCACUCUUGGAAACACACCGGCAGCGCGAGACCACUGGCAUCAAGAAACUGUACAACAGCUUCUUCGUAAUGUUCUAAGAGAGGGCAAGGAUCAGCACGCGUACUCGGCCCUGAGAAUCACCGGUCGGGUGAUGCACCGUGUAUUUCCGGGCACAUCGAAGAUCUGGACCGAGGGGCACCCACAGGGUGGACGAUCUGCAGCAGGCACGAAAGGCACACGCGGUGGAAUGAAUGUAUCUCGCGAUUAGGAAACGACCGGAGACGAAGAUAAUCGAUCUGUGAUUUGAGAUCAGCGUGGACUCGUCGCCUCUUACAGAAUCGUCGAGGAAUAUAGCUACGAAAUUUAUUUUUGCAUAUAUAUAUGUAUAUAUGUAUAUACGUAUAUACGUAUAGCAUAUAAAAUAGUAAAGUUGUAACUCAUAAGUCAACAAGUCGUCCUCGUCUUCUCAUCCUUGAAGAGAAGCAUCGUUUGGCGCUCGCUGGAGUCUCUUUAAGGACGAUCGAAGAUUGAUACUCUUCGUAGAUCUGAGAUCUAAAAGAUUAGCAUAUAGAUAUUCGUCUUGUCCGGAAAUCGCCGCAGGCAAACCCGUUAGUGUCGCAGUACAUAGAUUGUAGACGGUAAUUAAUUCGAUCGCGUGUGCUCUAAGAAGCUGUUGAAUGGAGCUGCAACUCAUGAUGGACGGCGGUGCGGAAACCCUACACGGAGCGAUGUGGUUCUCCAACACAUCUCCGUCAUACGAGCAAUUAUCGCCGGUCCGUCCAAACAGGUGUGACAUUGCAUCCGCUCCUCAACAGACUGCAAUAGGAUAUCACAGCCCACAAAAUUCUUUAUGGCAAGAUAAGAACAACUCGCCGAAAAAUUCGCCGACAGGCGGUGAUCGGAUACAUUUGGAUGACGGCUCGCCGCAGCUCUCGCCUUCCGGAUCAUCCCCGAAUUGCGAGCAGAACAAUCUGAAGCGCCGUUCCACGGAACCGUUGCAACACAUCACGGAACUUGAAAAGAAACAUAUCAGAAGAGACGGAUCCAUCGGAAGCAAUGGCUCUGGCCAAGGUUGGUCCACGCAAGUGGAGGAACUCGCGGAGCACCUUGCCGCUGAUUUUGAUGGCUCGUUGUCGGCUCUGGCGGCAUCUGAUCUCGCAACGGCUGUCGCCUCUUACACUAACAUGAGCGAAGCCCUCCUCACUCUGCCAUCGUUAACAGUCUUCAAGCAGGAGGCGCCAUCGCCUGAGAAUCAGCAUAGCAACCCCAAUUUAAAUCACGUGUCGCAAAGGGCGAUCAAUACAGUGCCGCCCAGCAAUGGAAAUGUCGGCUCCGUCGAGGCUGAUAGCAACAACAAUGGGCAAACUAGUCUCCAUCAACUCUUGUACUCCUCCAACGAGGAGUACCCGCCGACUUCGACCGCGGCCAACCACGUUUCUUCCUCCCAGCAGGGAAACGAAUUGAACGAGGAUUGCCGUUUUCAGUACGUCUUAGCAGCCGCUACCAGCAUCGCCACCAAGGUUAAUGAAGAGACGCUGACGUAUCUGAACCAGGGGCAGUCGUAUGAGAUCAAGCUGAAAAAAUUGGGCGACUUGUCUGCCUAUCGCGGGAAGAUUCUGAAGGGACAUCCGACCUUUCUGUUUCAGUCGACCAUUCGCAUUUGCUUCCACGAGCGACGGUUGCAGUACACAGAACGGGAGCAGAUGCUGGCCUGGCAACGCGCUAGGCCCGGAGAGAGAUUGCUGGAGGUUGACGUUCCUCUCAGUUACGGAAUGGUGGAUGUCUGUCAACCUUCGCCGUCCAACAACAGCGUGGAGUUCAUGUGGGAUCCCACGAAGGAAGUCGGCGUUUAUAUCAAAGUCAAUUGCAUAAGCACUGAAUUUACACCGAAAAAGCACGGUGGAGAGAAGGGCGUUCCCUUCCGAAUUCAGGUGGAGACGCGAUUGCCGGGAGGACCACGUCUGCACGCCGCCUCGUGUCAGGUGAAAGUCUUCAAAUUAAAGGGAGCGGACCGCAAGCACAAGCAAGACCGUGACAAGAUAUUGAGACGUCCUCCCCACGAACAGGACAAAUAUCAGCCCAGUUACGACUGUACCGUCCUCUCCGAUAUUCCUCUGGAAUCCUUGUCGCCCUCAAACCUGUCGACGCAAAAUGGCGGAAGCCCGUACGCCUCGACGGACGCAAUAUCACCACAGACGCGCGCAAGCAUCGGCGGCAAUUCGUCUCCGGUAGUCGCCCCAUUAGCACUUUCGGUUUCUAAUUCCGCUAUCGUGCCACUGGUUCCUGCCUCGGACGCCGUGAAGGAAAACGUGGGAACUGCGCCGGCUCUGCCAUCGCCCGCAGCCAUACUGCCGGAUCAACCUUCCAUCGAAGUUGAUGGCGCCUCAUGUCUUACCGAAUUACCACCUGACGCAAAUGCCACGCAGACAACCGCGUGGCUUCGCGCCAGCCGAUUCAACGCGUUCGAGUCAACAUUCGCGAGUUUCUCUGCAUCGGAUAUUUUACGCUUGUCCCGGGAGGAUCUCAUCCAAAUCUGCGGCGUGGCGGAUGGCAUUCGACUGUUCAACACGCUCCAUUCCAAAGCGCCGACCCCGAAGCUCACCCUCUAUUUUUCGUUGGAAGGCAACGGCUCGCUCUGGAGAGUCGCCUACCUCGACAGCUUGACCGGCACCGCGCUUACAAAUAAGUUGCUCAACGCUCUAAACUUGCCCCACGACCGACUGCACUCGAUACUGUUCCUAGGGCCUCAGGGUAUACACGUGUUGAUCACCGACGAGCUGGUAGCGAACAUGAAAGACGAGAGUAUGUAUCUCGUCGAGACUAUCAAAGAUCCGGCUAGCGAGCGUUACAAAUUGUUGAUAAAGUCAAAAAUCAUGUGAACGAUUUCUGUAGAUUCUCCUUUUUAUAAAUAUUUUUUAUAAAUAUAUAUAUAUAUUUUAUAUACAUAUAUAAUAGAAAAAGAGAAAAAGGAGAGGGGCAAAAGCAGGUAAAAUAUAUUUUGUAAAUGUAUACAAGAACUAUUUGUCGUAUAACAUUAUGUAAAAAGGUUUUGGAAAUUAUUAACGAUUUUCUAACGAGCCAAUUAAUAAUUUUUUUGAUAAUAAUAUUUCUGUUAAAUAUAACUGAAUACAUAAGUGAACUCUAUAUAGUAAGUAUAAUGCUAUAAUAAUAAUGACAUUUCGAAAUGAAAAAAUUAUUUUUGCGCGUUGUGUUGAGGUGUAUAUAAAUGUGUUGAGGUGUAUAUAAAUUUUCAUAAAGGAUUUGUGGUAUACUCUUGUUUUACAUAUAACAAUAAUUAUAUCUAUUUGCAUAUCAUGCCAUAUCUGCAACAUAAUUGUUGAAACAUACUCAUAUACAUACAUAUAAGUUGCAUACAUAUAUGCAAGUGCAAUAUUUUUUACGUAUAAAUGCGUUUUUAUUAAUAAUUAUUGUUAUAUUGUACAUAACUCAUUAAUUAUGCAAGCACUUAAACUUUUCAAGUACCUAAUCUUUAAACAUAUGAGAAGUGAAUUUAUAUCGAGUUAAAAUAUUUAUUAAUAUUGGGAGACUCGUAUAAUUUGAAAUUGUAUCUGUUCGAGAAAACUGCAAGGUGUCAAUUUUACAAAUUUUUUUAGAAGAGCAUAGAAUUUUAUAUAUUAUUCCAUCCAAUAUUAUAUUAUAUUAUAUUACGAGUGCUAACACAAGGUUGCCUUGGCAACAGCGAAAAACUGUUAUCUCAUAUUAGAGAACUUUCCUAUAAAUAUGAGAUUUUGUACAGUCGCACGAUUGUGCCAUUCAAAUAUUCUGGGAUUAUGAAUAAGUUUAUUUAAGUUCAUAGCAAUUAUGAAAGCCAUCUAUCUUUUCGGAUAAGUGUGCAAAUGCGCUAAACACAUCUGAGAUUUUGGUUUUGUAAGCCUUGCAAUUGAUAGUGGUUUGGAAAAGUAUUUAAAUGAUGAUAUAUGUAAUAUAAUAAGGAAAAGUUCGUGUAAGCAAUGGAUAGCUAAAGAGAUUAUACAGUGAAAAGUACGAUUUACAUAUCGUUUUUUAGUACAAUUCAUGAAAACUAUCGGUUUUCGAUAUAUGUGCCACGCUAAAAAUAUGUAUAUAAUUUUAAUUUUGUAUAUAAUUGUUAAUGUUUUUGUUGAUUUAACAAGUUUUGUUUAAAAUAGUUAUAAGUUCGUUUACUUCGAUAACUUCUAACAUAUUUACAUUGUUAUUGAAAAUAAAAUAAAAUCCUUUAAUGACGUUAUUAUUAGGAAGAAAUAAUAAAAUUGUAAAAUUAAAAAUUUGUGCUAAAAUGUUAAAGUUUUAAAAAUAGUUUUAAUAUCUUUAUUAACCAUAUGUCAAUAUAGACGUAUUUAUUAGAUAAGUAUUUGAGAUAAGAUAAAUAUAUAGUAAACUGUACGAAAAAGAUGUAUUCUCAUUUAAAUACUAUAUAUGAUAAAUACUAAUAUUACGAUAUGGGAAGAAAAGGGACUUUUGUAAUAAUAUUUUUGAGGAUUUUGAACAUUUUAUGAAAUGUGAAGUUUAAAGUUAUGAUUAUAUAUGUACAAUAUAUAUAUUACAAUACUAAUUUUAUACAAACAUCAAUGCAGCUUGUUACAUUUUAGCUAAUAUAUGAAAUAAUACAUUAAAAUCUGAGGAAUGUGGUUGUGCGUUUCCAUGAUAGAGUAUGAAAUAAUAACGUUAUAUAACGUGAUAUGAAGUGUCAUUAAUUAUUGACUGUCUAACAAAUAUAGUUUUUAUUACUGCAAAGAAUCGUACUUGCAAUUGGGAACGUUCACUGCGAUUUCAUUGCGUGAUAUCAAUUAUGAAAAGUUCAAUAUCGUAACGUAAUGAUAAAUAGAUAUAAACAUAUGUUACUUGGUAAUACAGUUUAUUUUUUUCUGUUAUAAUUUAAUGGUUAGAAAACAUGUUGAUAUUUGAGAACAAAAACGUAAUGCCGGUUUAUCUUAAGUUUGUUGUACUCGUAUACCUCAUACAAAUGUUGAAGUCAAUGAAAUGGCAGAAUAAAUAUUUCUUGAUGCCA